AAUGGAAAAACGUCGAUAAGCGACGUCGCGCGUUCUCGCCGACCAAGUCGUGAGCGACAGGGUCGAGAAAACCACGAACGGGGGAUCCUAGAACACGAAGGGUGGAUCGAACAGUCAAAUCCGUCGCCGAUCGGAUCAAUCGGUCAUCACGGAGCGUUUAAGGCAGAUAGCAAAAUGAAGAUGAUACUUUUAAUUAAUUUAUGGCUCGGCCUAGUAACUGGCUUUCGUGGACCGCAUCAUCCUAAGAGUAGCAUAUCUCAUCAUCAUUAUACACCGCAAAAUGAAAUCAAAUUAACGCAGGAUUCCGAGCUUCUUCACGAUGCAACGCAUCUAAAGGAGGACAUAGGUCCCAUGGCCGAUGAACUCGACUUUUCAAAGAUGACGGAACAAGAAAUAGAAUUCUACUAUUUUCAAAUUCACGAUGUCGACAAUAAUACGAAAUUAGAUGGACUAGAAAUUUUUCACGCUCUUCAACAUACAUUACACGAAGAAAGCGAGACGCAAUCGGAGCAAGACUUGGACUGGAUUGUAGAGCUAAUAGAUAAAGUAUUGGCAGAGGAUGAUUUAAACAACGAUGGCUAUCUAGAAUAUGUUGAAUUUGUUUUGGGAAGAAAGAGAGAUCAUGACGCGCAGGAGAAACGGGAUAAGCUCAGGCUCGGAACGUGAAAAUUGUUAACUCAGAACAUAUAAUUUAAAAUUAUAUAUAUAUAUAUAUGUAUUAAGAGAAAUAAAAUAAUAAGCAUUUUACACAUUGUAAAAUAUAUUAUGAAUCAUAUCUAAUUAUAUGUGACUGAUAUUGUGCUAUCAGUAUCAUUAUGCUUAACUGUCGUAAUGUGUAAUUUUUUAUUUUCAAAAUUUACUGAUAUAUGUUUUCUAGAGUUAUUGUUAAUUUUCUCACGUCAAAAAUCAGAAAA